UGUGUUGUAGCUUGGGCUAUUUCUUUUCCUACAAAAACCUGGAAUUUGAACAGGUGUGUGUAGACUUUUUAAAUCCACUGUAAGUGACCUGUGAUUGGCUGGCAGCUAGUCCAGGGUGUCCCCCUUCCUCUCAGCUAGCGUAGGCUCCUGUUAUUAUACAAAUAUACUCAACAUCAAUCCACUUUGUGGUAGAAAACAUACAAUUGUUUACAGUUUCUUGGAAAGGAGCAUACGAGAAUAACCUUAGGCAAUGAACCACAUGCUGCUUCACCAGGGCUACAGAAAUGAUCUGAUCACUUCUAGUACCGCAGCUCGCAAUGCUGUCCAAGAAGGAGAAAGAACUACUUGAAGGCGCAUGGAGCCGACUGACUCCUGUGGCUGAAUGCAUUGGAGCUGAUGCGCUUCUUAGAAUGUUUACAACCUUCCCUGGCAGCAAGACAUACUUUUCCCACCUUGACAUCAGUCCAGGAUCCAAUCAUCUCUUCACCCACGGGAAGAAGAUCGUUCUAGCCAUAGCCGACGGGGCCCAAAACAUCAGCCAGCUGACGGUAACUCUGGCCCCUCUGCAGACUUUGCAUGCCUACCUGCUGCGGAUAGACCCGUCGAACUUCAAGCAUUUCUCACAAUGUAUGCUCGUCUCAUUGGCCGUUCACAUGGGUGAAGACUUUACCGAGGUUUUACACGCCGCUAUGGACAAGUACCUGUCAGCUUUUGCAGCAGUACUCGCUGAGAAAUACAGAUGAGACUCCACCAACGUAGAGUAUGCAAACUAUUUAAUGUACAGUAUGUAUGUGCAGUUUUUCCAUGUUUUGUUAUAAUACAAUAUGUGAAAAUAACCUGAUGAAGAACAACAUGCAUUACGACAUGUCAUAAAUAUCCACAUUCAUUCAUUUGAGAAACGGGUUCAGGUGCUUCAGUGCAGCUGAUUGGAUUAGCAAUGGAAUUCAAACAGGCUUGUCAGUGAACUCUUUCAUUUCCAUGUGUCAACGACAGUGCUUAUAAACAGAGCUAAUUGUCCUUGCUACUGUUUCCUGGGAGGAAAAGGGCGGUGUCUAUUUGGGAGAAGCAUUUAUUUGUUCAAGUGAACAACCUUUGUACCUGAUGACUAAUUGAGACAUGCCGUCUAUUAGAGUAAGAGCCACUAUUUGUCCACUAUGUGCCUUGAAGGUCAAUGGAAAAAAAUAGAAUGUGCCAUGCUCACUCAGUGUUGGGAAGUAACAUACAAAUAGGCUAGGUUGUUACUGUACAAGCAGUUUUUUUUCUUUAUCUCUACUUUACUUGAGUUUUUUUUUUUCUGACAGUUUGUCAAAAUAGGCUUGUGUCCUUUUUAACCCACACGGAUGAUGACAAUAUAAUGACAAUGACAAUAUAAAAAAGACGUAAAGAGAGAGUGUUAAAGUCAUCCGCGGUUCAGAUCUUGAUUGAUUCAUCGAGAUUUUGGGAUCUUAUAAGGUGGACAAAACCUCGAACAGAAGCAACAUGGAGGAACGAGAACUAGGGAUUAAAAUGACAAUGCAACAGAUUAAGAGAAGCAAGAUAUUUAAAAAAGGCCUUAUUUUAAAAAAUGCUUGCACAUUCUGAUCUUAUUACACAGGUUAGAACAACGGGUGGGAAUCUCCGAUACUGCUCUAAAUUGGUUCUCAUUCUAUCUCAAGGACAAGACGUACUUUGUUGAAAUGGGUAACUGUGUUUCAGACCAAAUGGCUAUUACCUGUGGGGUUGCCCAGGGGUCAAUCUUGGGACCUCUAUUGUUCAAUCUGUGCAUGCUUCCAUUAGGCCUGCUAAUAUGUAGCUAUAACGUGCCCUACCACAAAUACCUGUAUGCAGAUGACACUUAGAUCUACGUGUCACUGAUGGCCUGCUCACUGGGCUUUAACGACCUAUCAGACAGCUGCAAUACAUCCAGAAUGCUGCUGCUCGAGUCCUGACUAGAACCAGGAAAUGCGACCAUAUUAGCCCAUUGCUCAGUUCUUUGCACUGGCUUCCUGUUGCUCAGAGACUUCAAAACAGCUCUGCUUGUGUGCAAGUCUCUUUAUCAUACAGUAUAGCACUAAAGUACAGUACAUCGCUGAUAUGUUAGAGCGAUAUGAACCUUCUCUGAGAACAUCAGGGAGUGACCUCCUUCUGGUUCCCAGAGUCAUGACUAAACACGGUGAGGCUGCGUUUCAGUUUUAUGCUGCUAAAAUCUGGAACAGUCUUCCAGAAGAUAUGAGACAGGCCUCAACUCUGACAAUGUUCAAAUCCAGGCUGAAAACAGUUUCAUUUAGCUGUGCAAAGACAAAUGGAAAUAUUUUAUCUGCACUUCUCCCUUUUAAUUUAUUUAGUGAAUGAUUAUUUUUCUUGGAUGAAAUUAUUGAAUUUGCCUUCUUGAAAUUUUAUGUGGCUGUAAAGCACUUUGAAUUUUCUUGUGUAUGAAUCGUACCCUUCAAAUAAACUUGA